AGGGGUGUUGGUUUACUUCCUCACCUCUGGAGCCACACAACAUGGAACUUUGAGCAACUCUGAUGUUUCUCUCCCCUCAGAUAUCAGCCUCAGGUCAUCUGUCCUCAUUAAAGAGACAAAACCAUACUUUAUAAAACUGUGAUCAACUGAUAUCCACAUGGAAGUAUCACAGAUAACUGAAAAUGGAGCGUUCAGUGAGUGAACAUGAAGGGAUCCUAUGGUGGGACAGCAAAUGAAGAGGUUCCUUUUAAGAGGGGCAAAAAAUAGUCCUUGGUGACAAAAUUGCACUGUUAAUAUGUGUUUUUCAUUCCCCUGAAAUCAUACUGUAGAUGACUGAUUUUAAGAUAUUACAAUUAUGUUAAAGAAGGUUGUAAAUGUUGUUUUGAUGUCAGAAAUAAUUUUGUCAGAUGUUUUUGAAACUAGACAUUAACUCAUCCCAUCCUUUGUUAAGCAUCUCUGAUGGUCUGCCCCUGUUUGACUGAAAGCUGAAUUUUGUAAAAACAUAUUCAUGUGUGUAUUAGUUGUAUCUUUAUCAGGUUGGUUUAUGUAGUCAUACACUCAAAAAAACACUAAAAUAUUGUCCCCACAGAGAAACUGAUGCUGUAUCGUGUGAAUCCAGUCUGAUUAGUCUGAUCUUUUUUGAUAGGAGCUACCUUGCUUUAUAAAGCAUUGGUGGAGUUUCCCAUGAAGGUGCAUUUGAUCCUUUUUAAACUCAGCUUGAAGACACAAAAAGGAAUGACUGAUUUGAUUGGGUAUUAAAGAAAAAAGGGAAAACAACUGCCACUCACUCGCUAACUUUGCUCUUUGAAGCAGCUCAGAUACCCAAUUAUUUUCCCAUUUUCUUUAUUUCAGUAUAAAGGUGAGUGGGUGGAUGGUACAUAGAGGGUGAGAAAGAAGCAGAAGGAAAGGGGGGUGGCACAGAGAGAGAGAGCGGGAGAGGGAAAAGCGAGAGAGAGAGAAAGAUCAGAGCAUACUCUGGCUUGGCUACGAUCAGACUGACUACCUUGCUGUGAAAUAAUGUGAUAGGGUAGCAAGAGAACGGGGAUUUAUUUUUGACCACACAACAGUACUCCAACCGUGAGGAAGCAAUUGUUUUCACCUGAUAUGGAAUACAAGAUUGUUCAGAAGGAAACAGGUUUUUUGCUGAAGAAAUCAACUUGAAAAUACCAAGGGAUUUUUUUUUUUUUGUGAUUGUCAUUCUGGCCCCUGCUGACACAGCACGUAGGACACUGAAGAGAUUUGGGAUUUGUGGGGGCAAACAAGAAAAAUACAAACAGAAAGGGAAUGAUUGACAGCUAUGGCCAAUGAAGAAUUCUGAAUAUUUUCUGAAUAUUAUCCCAUCUGCUGGUUCUUUCGCUGCCUGGGUGCAUAUUAAUAUCCUUCAGCUGGUACCAACCAAAACUACAUAGAGGUUAAUAAAGUUUGAAACAUUUUCACAAAGACCAUUUGUUUCUCUGUAGCAUGUUUGUUUACAUUUCAAGUUGUCCAAAGUGACACUUCUCUACAUCAAAAUCAAUCAGAGAUAAUCAACUAAACAUCCCAGGUUCAGUCAUGCACCCCAGGUUUGUCACCGUCGACCUCUCCAUACUGUUGGGUGUGCUCCUGUUGUGGGGGCUUGUGGAGUCUCAGGGCCAGAAUGACACAGAGCCUAUCAUCCUUGAGGGGAAAUGUUUGGUCGUGUGUGACUCCACUCCUUCAUCCGAGCCUGCUGGUAACGCCCUGGGCAUGUCGGUCCGCUCUGGCUCUGGACGGGUGGCCUUUUCUGCCAGCCGCCAGACCAACCACGAGCCCACGGACAUGAGCAACCGCACCAUGAUCAUCUACUUUGAUAAUAUUUUGGUGAAUGUUGGCACUCAUUUUGACCAAGAAAGCAGUGUCUUCCUGGCGCCAAGAAGAGGCGUGUAUAGCUUCAACUUCCAUGUUGUAAAGGCCUACAAUAGACAAACUAUUCAGGUCAGCUUGAUGUUGAACGGCUGGCCAAUGAUUUCAGCUUUUGCUGGGGACCAGGAUGUGACCAGGGAAGCUGCAACAAACGCCGGCCUGGUGAUAAUGGAGAAGGGGGACAAGGCCUACCUCAGACUGGAGAGAGGCAACCUGAUGGGAGGCUGGAAGUACUCCACCUUCUCUGGGUUCUUGGUCUUCCCCCUGUGACUAAGGUGGUUGAGGUGUUGGAAGCGUGAUAGGAGAAUUGGUUAGAGCAGUAGUGAGAAUGAGGUGGAGAAAAAUUAAAGUUGUUGGAAAGGAAAGGAACUGUAACUCUUUAAACAGUGCACUGAGGGAUGUGAUUUAUGCAAAAAUGAGAUGAAGAUUGUGCAGAUCAAAAAUCAUUCUGACUCAAGACCAAAAAACAGGAGUGGAAAAACAUACAGUAAAAAUGAUUUACCUGUGGAUUUAAUUUGCUCUGUUUCUGUGAAUAAAUAUUUGUUUGGUUUGUAUAAGAGAUACUUUAAAUGUGACAAAAUUAUGAAGUAGCCAUGUGCAAUGUGGGCUUCUGUGCAAAGAUUUUUUUUUUUCAUUCUAAGUGUUGGAAACAUUGCUGUGCUCCACAUGGCACCCUGUCUAGCUAACAGACUUGCCAAACUUGCCCUUUACUCUGCAGUGUCGUAUGACUGAUGCUCCUCUAUAUGCCUGUUAAUCUCCUGCAACAAAUGUUUAUUUACACAGAAAUUUCUAUUGAGGAGAAAAUAUUGAAAUUAAAUAAAGUUGGCUCAGUA